CAGUUCCGACACGGCCAAAAUUUACGGUAUGAUAUUUUAUAUUAAUUUUUCGGUGUAAAUUACGUGAUGUUGCAUAAAUCUCCGAAGAGAAAUGCGGUGCGCUUGAUUAAAAAAGGUGUUAUUGCUAUCACAUUUUUCGAAGUUGCAGCAUUUGGUCUCUCCUAUUUAUUCUAUCAUCGUGUGAAUUCAAACAGAGAUUUCAGAUUUUACUUACAUCAAAAUCAUCCGUGGGUACUUGAUAAAUAUUAUUCAUUAGGUGAAUACUUCUCUAAAGAAAACAGUGCCCGUCAACUAGAUUUGGAAUUUUGGUCCCGGGAACAAAACAUCAAAUAAACAAAUUUUAGCCCAUAUGGCUAGAAUUUUAAAGUCUGUUUUGUGGUUGGUUGGUUGUGGUGGUUUAGGUUACUCUUUGUUUGUCCUUUGUACUCCAGAUGAUUCAUAUUUAGCACCACAUGUUCCUAAAGGUCAUCCAAAAGAAUUAGAGGAACGGAAAAAUAAACGUGCUGCUUUUUUGGAAGCAUUGCAAACAGCUGCAGAAACUGAUGAGCCAUUGUACAGGAAAGCAAGAGGAAGAUUCACACCAGGGAAUUAAAUUUUUAAAUUUGUAGUAUUUUGUAGCUU